AUGGUCACCGUGGGGGAAGACGACCACUACCCUCCAAAUACUAUCUCUCCACCUAACAAGAAUGCUUUCAGAUACAAGAAACAACAAACUGAAAAAUAUAUAUAUAUAGCUACAUACAACACACUAUCACUCAGGACCGAAGAAAGCUUGCAAGAACUUCUACAUUCUUUGCGAGAUAUAAAAUGGGACAUAAUCGGCUUAAGCGAAGUAAGAAGAUAUGGCGAAGCUAUUGAGGAACAUGAUAACUUUAUAUUAUACCAUAAAGGCGAAACACCAGGACGUCAUGGAGUAGGAUUCCUGAUAAAGAAAACACUCAAAAAUUCAAUUUCGGAAAUAAUUGGCAUAUCAGAAAGAAUAGCCAUUUUGAGCAUAGAAAUACCCCCUGGCAAAGAAGUAUGGUCUAUAGUGCAAGUAUACUCACCAACCGAACAAUCAACGAAAUCAGAAAUUGAGUCAUUCUACAUCUCCUUAAAUGAUGCCAUUAAGGACCAUGCACACAAAAACUAUAUUGUAAUGGGAGAUUUUAAUGCUCAAAUUGGACCACCAAGGAAUGGAGAGGAUAUCGUCCUGGGACCCUACAGUAGCGGCAAAAGAACAAGAAACGGACAAAAAUUAAUGGAAAUGGCAUUCGAGAAUCACAUGAAAAUACUAAACAGUCAAUUCAAAAAGAGACUAUCCAGAAAGUGGACCUGGGUAUCACCAGAUGGCAGAUACAAAAAUGAAAUUGACUACGUGCUAACAAACAGACCAAAGUCAUUUGAUGACUGCGCCACUAUCGCAAACCUAAACUUUAAUAGUAACCACAGAAUGCUUAGAGCACGCCUGAACACAUCAUCUGUCCAAAAAUCAAGUCGACCCUUCAAAGCGAAAACCACAAUACUAGGCAACAAUGCAGCAAUAGUCACCAUACAAGAGAAUCUCCGCUCGAUGUCACAAUCAUGUCUUGAGCAUUUAAACACUCAAGAGAAAUACAACAUAAUAAACGAAAUGUUAACAGCAAAACCUAAUACCAACCAAAGCGAAUCAAAGAAUAAAAGCCAAAUAUCUGAAAAAACCCACGAUCUCCUACAAAAGAGAUCAAAACUAAUUAGCACAACAAGCAAAACAAAAACUAUUAGAGAACAAAUUGGCAAACUGAGCAAAGAAAUAAAGCUACAAAUGAGAAAAGAUAGAGAACAUUCGAGACUCAACACUCUGGAAAAACAUAUUAAAAGGACUGGCGGUAUAAAGAAGGCUCUUAAAGUCCUAACAGGUAAAACCAACUGGAUACCUAACAUGAAAGACCAACACUGUAAAACAAAAACCAAAAGAACAGAAAUCCUAUCAAUAGCCACAAAUUUCUACAAAAACCUAUACUCCAGCAAGAGCCAAAUAAUCAAUACAGACUUAAACAACUACGACAAUGUACCACCCAUACUAGUAGAAGAAAUACACAAAGCAAUCAUUACACAGAAGAACGACAAAGCCCCGGGUCCCGAUGGUAUCACGAACGAACUGCUUUUAGGCUUAAUUUUAGGUCGUAUAACAAAAACUUUAGACGAGAACCAACCUCGAGAACAAGCUGGGUUUAGGGCAGGCUAUUCAACACUGGACCAUAUACAUGCUGUGAGACAAAUAUUCGAGAAGAACAAGGAAUUCAAAGUACCGUUCUAUUGUUGUUUCAUCGACUACAACAAGGCAUUUGAUUCAAUCGAACACGAGUACAUCUGGACUUGCCUCAAGAACCAAGGAGUCGAACAAAAAUGA